GUGAAUGCUACCUGACGGACUGGAACCGGUGGAGCCCGUGUCAGCUGAGCUGUGUGGGGGGGGAUGACCUGGGUUUCGGCUCGGUGCAGGUCCGGUCCCGAGCCGUGGUGGCUCAGGAUCCAGAGAACCUGCUUCAGUGCCCGGAGCAGGAGCUGGAGGCUCGGCCGUGCACAGAGGGUCAGUGUUUCGAGUACAAGUGGAGGACCGGACCCUGGAGGGCUGCAUCUCGCCUCGUCUGGUGCCAGCGCUCAGACGGACUCAACGUCACAGGUGGAUGUCCGAUGACAACCGAGCCGAUAUCUGACCGCUCCUGCAGCCCGCCCUGCACCAAGCCGCGCUCCCUGUGCACAGAGGCGGGGGUGUGCGGCUGUGAGGACGGCUACACCGAGGUCAUGACCUCUGAUGGGGUCCUGGAUCAGUGCACGGUAAUCCCGGUGCUGGAGAUCCCGACGGCCGGAGACAACCGGGCCGACGUGAAGACGAUCCGGGGCUUCAACCCCACCCUGCCUGAAGCCAGCUCCCCGGGCAGAGGGGGGCGCACCUGGUUCCUGCAGCCCUUUGGACCAGAUGGGAAAAUGAAGACCUGGGUGUACGGAGUAGCAGCAGGAGCGUUUGUUUUGCUCGUCUUCAUCAUCUCCAUGACGUAUUUAGCAUGUUAUAGCUGUUGUUGCUUUAUCUGCACGUCGGGCUCAAAGCCUCCAUCAGAGGCGGGGCUCUGGGUGGACCCCCUCUCCCUGCCCUACACCUGCCCCGCCUGCCAGAGAGAGGAGCACGACCAACAACAACAACACCUACAUCUUGAGGCGCUGCUACAACAACCACCUCCCCCUCCUCCCCCACCUCCACCUCCUCCCCCACCUCCACCUCCUCCCCCUCCUCCCUUUGAGACCCUCAUCACUUAGACUUCACUUCUUCACCUCUCUUUGCCUCACCUCCAUUAGUGCCUAAAUGAAUCCGUGCCUCAUUCAGAGGAUCAUUCCUGCAGGUGAGAGUUAGAUCCAUCCAGCACAGCUCACACACCUGUAAAUACCAAACAGUCAGAUUCAGAAACAAAUCUGAAAUCUGGGGAAAAAAGUCAGAUUUCUUGAACAACUCCUAAUUCUUGGAAAAAAGUCAAUUCUAAAAAAAGUUUGAAUUCUGAGAAAAAUCUGAAAUCUGGAAAAAAGUAUUAAUUCUGAAAAAAAGUCAUGUUUUUUGGAAAAAAGUCAAACUUCUUGGAAAAAAGUCAUAAUUCUUUAUAUGAAAAUCUAUAUUUACAAAUUAAAAUGUUCGAUACUUUUUACCUUUAAAAACAACAAGGUUUUAUUGUCAAUACAAUACAAUCAAAAAUACAGACAUGUUAUUGGGAAUAAAAUACAAUACAAAAUAUAUUACCUUCAAUUGUUACCAUCAAUAAUUAAGAAUACGAUCAAAUUGACCCUAAAUAUUUUUUAGGCUCAAGAAAAAUACAAGAAAAUGUUUCACUAACUAAAAACAAACAGCAUGUUUUCAUUGUAAAUAAAACACAAUAAUAAUAAAAUACAUUUGACUCUAAAUACAAUCACAAAUACCGGAUGCACGCGUUUCACAGCCUCAGUUUCUCUCCCUGCAUGUUGACAUUAUGUAUUACCUUGCCUCUGGCGCCACCUGCUGGUCGACCUUCACAUUAUUCUCUCAUGUUUCCACUCCUUCAUUUCCACCAUCUCAAACUCACCUUCUCCCCGGCUUCCACCGGCAGGGAUCAGACUCUCUGAACUUCUUCUUCUUUGGUUUCU